AUGUGUGAAAGCUCAAGAGGAGGAUUAUCAGGGGAUCUGAAGCCGCGUAAUUCUUUUGUACAAGAAAUACGAAACAUACCAAUCGUUAUGAUUACACAUAAUAUGGACAUUCUACAACGGUUUCUUCAAAAGGUUAGAUACAUAAAACAGAGGGUUCUAACUACCGGAAUCAGCAUUAUCAUAGGAUAUGAUAGAGAAUUAGGUGUGGCUGUCCAAGAGACUUUAUCAAUGAGAAAUAGAACAUUCAGCACCGAAGUAAAACGUCACGGAAAAUAUUUCCUGAAUCUUAAAGGAGAAAUGCGGAAAAUCCAUACGGUACUUCAAGAACUGAAAGGACCAAUCUUAGUAAGUAUCGCAAUAAUCAAAAUUCGGAAUCAUCAGAAAUCAUUUGUCCAAUCCGUACUAUAA